GAAGGUUUGUCUGCAGUUUCUCUCACUACGGGACGAAACUGACAGAGCGGCUUCAGUUCCUCUGCACUGUGUUUAGAUGAUCCGUGGAGACGACUCUCGGCUUGAAAACGCCGCGGCCGCUACCGUUUCCAGCUCGACGUCUGCAUGGCAUAAAUCGUUUUACGCUUGUUUUGGAUCUUGCUCAGCGACGAGGAGAUAGUCGUUGUAUUUGAGCUGUGCGUGUGUGUGUGUGUGUAUGUGUGUAUGUGUGUGUGUGUAUGUGUGUGUUGUUUUUUGGGGGUUUUUUUCUUGUAAAACCUGGACGCUCCCGGCUGUUUGAAAAAAAAUAUCUUUCUUUGGUGGAAAAUGUCAGAUGUUCGACUUUCAAACGGGAGCCCGACGCUGGAGCGGACGGACCCCCGGGUGUCGGAUCACCCGAAACCGUCAGCCUGCAGAAGCCUCUUCGGCUCGGUGGAUCACGAAGAGUUAAAGAGGGAUUUAAAGGGACAUCUGCGGGAGAUGGACGAGGCUGCCUCCGCCAAGUGGGGCUUCGACUUCGCUAAUCACACGCCGCUGGCCCACGGCAGGCUGGAGUGGGAAUUAGUGGAUUGUAGAGACGUCCCGGAUUUCUACAGCAGGCAGCCUCGGAGGGAGAAGGGCGUCUGCUCCGCUGGGAAUAACAAUGUGGAUCUAAACGGGAAUCAUAACUGUGUUGUGGUGGCUCCGAGCGACACCGAGAGGUCUGACGGGCAGAUGGAGUGCACGGAGCAGUGCACCGGGAUGAGGAAAAGACCUGCAUGUCACGACCCCUCGGCCCAAAGUAAGAGGUCACACACCAGCUCAGAGGAGGUUAGCUGUCCGAGCCUGAGCCACUCUGCAGAACACACACCCAGAAAGACCAGUCCUAAGAGGCAAACGUGAGGACGAGACGACGAGCCGAAGACGUAUUUCCCCUUUUACAUGGGGAAACCUCAGUGUUGGCCGAUUUUUUUUCGGAAGAGGAACUACACAGCAUCAGAAACAUAUCAACUCUCCUGAAGACGGGGGAGGACGCUGUUGAAGCACUGAAUAGAAACACUAAAGUUGUGGCACUCAAUUAAAGUUACUGCCUCUAAAAGCAGUCAAUGUAGCAGUGUGCAAUUAGGUUUGAUUUCCUUUUUUGCUCCUUUUUUUACUACCUGUGUGUAAAUAAAUAUAUAUUAUAUUUCUCUCCAUAUGUAGCACAUAAGAAAACAU